GUCGAAUUACAAAAACAUGGACACUUGAAAAAGGUGAAUGAUGUUAUCCCUAUUGAAGAGUAGUACAUAUCAUAACGAUGAAAGGACUGCACAUGUUUGCUUGUUAAAUGAGGUCGACUUUCUUUGCCUUUUGGAACAUCGCGUGCUUUUCAAUGCACCACGAACCGACGAGCACAAAGAAGAGCCCGACCCAUUCAAAGUAGAAGCAAAAGCCGUAGCGCACGUCCACGCCAUCGCCGGCGGACUUGAUGCCUUUCACUUGCGACAUCAAGCAAAACGUGAGCACACCCGAGGAAAUGGCGGCCAACGUGGUCGACACACGGGCAAACGUGAUGAGCCACAUUUGGUGCUUGCAGCAAAACACCACGAAAACGAGCGCGAUGAGCGUGAAAACGGUUAACGCCAGGAAGAGCACCGCCAUCGCAAUGGACGCCUUGCCGAGGGAUCCGCAUGUCGACUGGAGGAAGAAGUCAAUGUCCACCCACGACGUGCCGGUCAUGAUGGAGAUCUCCUUGGCAGCUUUGUUCGCGCCUUGGUGGGCAAAGUAGUACGAGCAGAUCGCCAUGUCCGACUUGUGCUCUUGGAAAGACGGAAGAUUAGUGUGUCCGAUGUAGCGGUACGAUCCGCCAGCGCCACCGAAAUACGGGUAGCAUUCCUUCACUUUGUACUUGUUGGUCUUGUCGCCCUUGAAUUGCACGUCAAAGCACAUACCGAUCAACCCAACGCUCGUUUCGGCGCUCUGAACGAUCGUGUCGUGCUGAUGCGCCACGCCAACGUUCGUGAACCACAUGGGCGUCACAACACAGAUGAAGCCGAAGCCCACUGCAAUGAGCAUCGUAAUGAUGCCUGAUACGCCCCAUCCAGACACACCCAUCGUCGUUUGCGACCUCGAAAA